AUGUCGCUGCCGCCCUAUUUAUUGGGGCCCAAUCCCUGGGCCACCAUGAUGGCUCAGCAGCAGUUGGCGGCAGCGCAGCAAGCCGCAUUACAAGCGCACGCUGCUGCAGCUGCCGUUGCGCCACCGAUGCCUCCUUCACAGCCACCUAAACCCCACCAUAUACCUGAAGAAAAGAUAAAAGAAAAAGCUCAAAAAUGGCUUCAGCUACAAUCAAAACGAUUUGCCGAAAAGCGGAAAUUCGGAUUUGUCGAUGCACAAAAAGAAGAUAUGCCCCCAGAGCACAUCAGGAAGAUUAUUAGGGACCAUGGUGACAUGACCAGUAGAAAAUAUCGUCAUGAUAAAAGAGUUUACCUUGGAGCCUUAAAGUACAUGCCACAUGCAGUCAUGAAGCUUCUGGAGAACAUGCCAAUGCCCUGGGAACAGAUUAGAGAUGUAAAAGUUUUAUACCACAUCACUGGUGCUAUCACAUUUGUUAAUGAGAUUCCUUGGGUAAUAGAGCCUGUGUACAUAGCUCAAUGGGGCACUAUGUGGAUUAUGAUGAGAAGAGAAAAGCGUGAUCGUAGGCACUUCAAGAGAAUGAGAUUUCCUCCUUUUGAUGAUGAGGAACCUCCACUUGACUAUGCUGAUAAUAUAUUAGACGUUGAACCUUUAGAGCCUAUUCAAAUUGAAUUAGAUCCAGAAGAAGAUGCAGCUGUGGCCUCAUGGUUUUAUGACCACAAGCCUCUUGUUGGAACAAAGCAUGUAAACGGUUCUACAUACAGGAAAUGGAAUUUGACUCUUCCACAAAUGGCAACACUUUAUCGUCUUGCUAAUCAGCUGUUAACGGACUUGGUGGAUGACAAUUAUUUCUAUCUGUUUGAUUCAAAAAGUUUUUUCACUGCUAAAGCAUUGAAUAUGGCUAUUCCCGGUGGACCAAAAUUCGAGCCCCUAGUCAAAGAUAACUCUGCUGGUGACGAAGAUUGGAAUGAAUUUAAUGACAUUAACAAAAUUAUUAUUCGCCAACCUAUCAGAACUGAAUAUAGAAUUGCAUUCCCAUACCUGUAUAACAAUUUGCCACAUUUUGUUCAGCUUUCUUGGUAUCAUACGCCAAAUGUAGUAUACAUUAAAACUGAAGACCCUGAUCUACCAGCAUUCUAUUUUGACCCUCUUAUUAACCCGAUCUCCCACCGCCACUCCGUGAAAUCUUUGGACCCAGUGCCUGAAGAAGAUGAAUUUGUUCUACCUGAGGAAGUUUCACCAUUCCUUCAAGAGACUGCUUUAUAUACUGACAAUACUGCAAAUGGAAUUGCCUUACUAUGGGCUCCAAGACCCUUCAAUAUGAGAUCAGGCCGCACUCGUCGUGCAAUUGAUGUGCCGCUAGUAAAGACUUGGUACAAGGAGCACUGUCCACCUGGACAGCCUGUAAAAGUUAGAGUAUCGUACCAAAAACUGUUGAAAUAUUAUGUACUUAAUGCAUUGAAGCAUAGACCACCUAAACCACAAAAAAAGAGAUACCUUUUCCGAUCAUUCAAAUCAACAAAGUUCUUCCAAACCACAACCUUGGACUGGGUGGAAGCAGGUUUGCAAGUGUGCCGACAGGGUUAUAACAUGUUAAAUCUGCUGAUUCACCGCAAGAAUCUAAAUUACCUGCAUUUGGACUAUAAUUUCAAUUUGAAACCAGUGAAAACUCUGACAACAAAAGAACGUAAAAAAUCGCGAUUUGGCAAUGCAUUCCAUUUAUGUCGUGAGAUUCUCCGACUCACAAAGCUGAUUGUAGACUCGCAUGUGCAAUAUCGACUGAACAAUGUAGACUCAUUCCAAUUGGCUGAUGGGUUGCAGUACAUUUUUGCUCAUGUUGGUCAACUUACUGGAAUGUACCGAUAUAAAUACAAGCUUAUGAGACAGAUUCGAAUGUGCAAAGACCUUAAACAUCUUAUCUACUACAGAUUUAAUACUGGGCCAGUGUCAAAAGGUCCAGGUUGUGGAUUCUGGGCGCCCGGUUGGCGUGUGUGGUUGUUCUUCAUGCGCGGAAUUACACCACUGCUGGAGCGCUGGCUUGGCAACCUUCUGUCCCGUCAAUUUGAGGGACGUCAUUCCAAAGGUGUCGCAAAGACUGUAACAAAGCAGCGUGUGGAAUCUCACUUCGACUUAGAAUUGCGAGCGUCUGUGAUGCACGAUAUUGUCGAUAUGAUGCCUGAAGGUAUCAAGCAGAACAAGGCCAGGACGAUAUUACAGCACUUGUCUGAAGCAUGGCGUUGCUGGAAGGCGAAUAUACCUUGGAAGGUGCCAGGAUUGCCGACUCCAAUCGAAAACAUGAUCCUACGUUACGUGAAGAUGAAAGCGGACUGGUGGACGAACACGGCGCACUACAACCGCGAGCGUAUUCGACGCGGUGCCACCGUCGAUAAGACCGUCUGCAAGAAGAACCUCGGCCGUCUGACGCGUCUUUACCUCAAGGCAGAGCAGGAACGCCAGCACAACUACUUGAAGGAUGGACCCUACAUCUCGCCUGAAGAAGCUGUAGCUAUUUACACUACAACUGUGCACUGGCUUGAGUCACGACGGUUUGCUCCUAUACCUUUCCCGCCGCUUUCGUAUAAACACGACACAAAGCUCUUGAUUCUUGCUUUGGAGAGGCUGAAAGAAGCUUACAGCGUCAAAUCACGUCUGAAUCAAAGCCAGAGGGAGGAAUUGGGACUUAUUGAGCAGGCGUACGAUAACCCGCACGAAGCCCUGUCGAGAAUUAAGCGUCAUUUGCUUACACAGAGGACAUUUAGGGAGGUGGGCAUUGAGUUCAUGGAUCUGUACUCGCAUUUAGUACCGGUUUAUGAUGUCGAGCCUCUCGAAAAGAUCACAGAUGCAUAUCUGGACCAGUAUCUAUGGUACGAAGCCGACAAACGUCGCCUAUUGCCACCGUGGGUCAAGCCAGCAGACACAGAGCCCUCCCCGCUUCUGGUCUAUAAAUGGUGUCAAGGCAUCAACAACUUGCAAGAUGUAUGGGAGGUCGGUGAAGGCGAGUGCAACGUGCUUUUGGAGUCUCGCUUUGAGAAGCUGUAUGAAAAGAUUGACCUCACUCUUCUCAACCGACUGCUGCGACUGAUUGUUGAUCACAACAUCGCUGAUUAUAUGACCGCGAAGAAUAACGUUGUUAUCAAUUAUAAGGAUAUGAACCAUACCAACUCAUAUGGCAUUAUUCGUGGUCUACAAUUUGCAUCAUUUAUUGUUCAAUAUUACGGCCUGGUGUUAGACCUCCUUGUACUGGGUCUGCAGAGAGCCAGUGAGAUGGCCGGUCCCCCACAGUUGCCAAAUGACUUCCUCUCCUAUCAAGACAGACAGACAGAAGUGACACAUCCAAUCCGACUGUAUUGCAGAUAUAUUGACAGGAUUCAUAUAUUCUUUAGGUUCACUGCAGAGGAAGCACGUGAUCUCAUCCAACGUUAUCUAACAGAGCAUCCUGAUCCAAAUAAUGAAAACAUUGUAGGCUACAACAACAAGAAGUGUUGGCCCAGGGAUGCGCGCAUGCGACUGAUGAAGCAUGACGUCAACUUGGGGCGUGCCGUGUUUUGGGACAUCAAGAACCGUUUGCCGCGCUCUGUCACCACUAUUCAGUGGGAGAACAGUUUCGUGUCAGUCUACUCUAAGGACAAUCCAAAUCUACUGUUCAACAUGGCUGGUUUUGAAUGCAGAAUUUUACCUAAGUGCCGCAGCCAACAUGAGGAACUAACACAUCGCGACGGCGUAUGGAACCUUCAAAACGAAGUGACUAAAGAGCGGACCGCUCAGUGUUAUCUACGUGUUGACGAUGAAUCGUUAGCCCGCUUCCACAAUCGCGUGCGUCAGAUAUUGAUGGCGUCUGGCUCUACCACAUUCACCAAGAUCGUCAACAAGUGGAACACGGCGCUUAUUGGUCUGAUGACGUACUUCCGUGAGGCCGUUGUUAACACGCAAGAACUGCUAGACUUGUUGGUUAAAUGCGAGAACAAAAUUCAGACCCGUAUUAAGAUUGGUCUCAACUCAAAGAUGCCUUCGCGUUUCCCGCCUGUGGUGUUCUACACGCCUAAGGAGUUAGGAGGACUUGGAAUGCUGUCUAUGGGACACGUGCUUAUCCCACAGUCGGACCUUCGUUGGUCAAAACAAACGGACGUGGGUAUCACUCACUUCCGUUCGGGAAUGUCACACGACGAGGACCAGCUGAUCCCCAACUUGUACCGCUACAUACAGCCGUGGGAGGCUGAGUUUGUCGACUCGCAACGUGUGUGGGCGGAGUAUGCACUUAAAAGACAAGAGGCAAAUGCUCAGAACAGGCGUUUAACACUUGAAGAUUUGGAAGACUCCUGGGAUAGAGGAAUUCCAAGGAUUAACACACUUUUUCAAAAAGAUCGUCACACGCUAGCUUACGACAAAGGCUGGCGUAUAAGAACAGAAUUUAAACAGUAUCAGGUCUUGAAGCAGAAUCCAUUCUGGUGGACGCAUCAGCGUCACGACGGCAAGCUGUGGAAUUUGAACAACUACCGCACAGACAUGAUUCAAGCUCUCGGAGGAGUUGAGGGCAUUCUCGAACAUACCCUCUUCAAAGGCACCUACUUCCCGACAUGGGAAGGUUUGUUCUGGUUAAAAGCGUCAGGAUUCGAAGAGUCUAUGAAAUACAAAAAGCUGACUAAUGCCCAGCGUUCGGGUUUGAACCAAAUUCCGAACCGUCGCUUCACGCUAUGGUGGUCGCCUACUAUUAAUAGGGCUAAUGUGUACGUCGGUUUCCAGGUGCAACUUGAUUUGACUGGUAUUUUCAUGCAUGGUAAAAUUCCGACCUUGAAAAUCUCUCUCAUCCAAAUCUUCAGGGCCCAUUUAUGGCAAAAGGUACACGAGUCCAUUGUCAUGGAUCUGUGUCAGGUGUUUGAUCAAGAGCUAGAUGCACUUGAAAUCGAGACAGUUCAGAAGGAAACAAUCCAUCCUCGAAAGUCCUACAAGAUGAAUUCAUCAUGUGCAGAUAUUCUGCUCUUUUCAGCAUAUAAAUGGAAUGUAUCACGACCAUCACUUCUAGCGGACUCCAAAGAUACAAUGGACAACACCACUACACAAAAGUACUGGCUUGAUAUACAACUGCGUUGGGGUGACUACGACUCACAUGACGUGGAAAGAUACGCGCGAGCCAAGUUCCUGGACUACACCACCGACAAUAUGUCCAUCUAUCCGUCGCCCACUGGUCUGCUUAUCGCCAUUGACCUCGCCUACAAUUUGCACAGUGCUUAUGGCAACUGGUUCCCUGGCUGCAAGCCACUGAUUCAACAAGCAAUGGCUAAAAUAAUGAAAGCCAAUCCAGCUCUGUAUGUGCUUCGUGAACGCAUCCGUAAAGCACUGCAACUGUACUCCUCGGAACCUACUGAGCCCUACCUUUCCAGCCAGAACUAUGGAGAGCUGUUCUCUAAUCAAAUCAUCUGGUUCGUUGACGACACAAAUGUGUACAGAGUAACAAUCCACAAGACCUUCGAGGGUAAUCUCACUACCAAACCGAUCAACGGCGCCAUCUUUAUCUUCAAUCCGCGAACAGGUCAACUAUUCCUCAAAAUAAUUCACACGAGCGUAUGGGCUGGACAGAAGCGUUUAGGACAGCUCGCAAAAUGGAAAACUGCUGAAGAGGUAGCAGCGUUGAUUCGAUCUCUGCCUGUAGAAGAGCAGCCAAAGCAGAUUAUUGUGACAAGAAAGGGAAUGUUGGAUCCUUUGGAGGUCCACUUGCUUGACUUCCCGAACAUCGUAAUCAAAGGUUCAGAGUUGCAAUUGCCAUUCCAAGCUUGCCUUAAGGUUGAGAAAUUUGGUGACCUGAUUCUCAAAGCUACAGAACCACAGAUGGUACUCUUUAACCUCUAUGACGACUGGCUGAAGACUAUUUCAUCAUAUACGGCAUUCAGUCGGCUGAUCUUGAUACUGCGUGCAUUACAUGUUAAUACUGAACGUACAAAGGUUUUACUGAAGCCAGAUAAAACCACACUCACCGAGCCCCACCAUAUUUGGCCGACACUUUCUGAUGAUGACUGGAUUAAAGUGGAGGUUCAACUUAAGGACCUCAUUCUUGCUGAUUAUGGCAAGAAAAACAAUGUAAAUGUAGCAUCAUUGACACAAUCUGAAAUUCGUGACAUAAUCUUGGGUAUGGAAAUCUCUGCGCCAUCUGCCCAACGACAACAGAUAGCCGAAAUUGAGAAACAGAGCAAGGAGCAGAGUCAGCUGACGGCCACCACGACACGAACUGUCAACAAGCACGGCGACGAGAUUAUCACAUCUACCACGAGCAACUAUGAGUCACAGACAUUCAGUUCGAAAACAGAGUGGCGCGUUCGUGCUAUUUCGGCAACGAAUUUACAUCUACGUACAAAUCACAUCUAUGUCAGCUCUGACGACAUUAAAGAGAGUGGCUACACAUACAUCCUGCCAAAGAACCUCCUUAAGAAGUUUGUUACAAUAUCAGAUCUCAGGGCACAGAUAGCGUGUUACCUGUACGGUACGUCGCCGCCGGACAACCCGAUGGUGCGCGAAGUGCAGUGCGCGGUGGUGCCGCCGCAGUGGGGCACGCACCAGCAGGUGCACCUGCCGCGCCAGCUGCCCAAGCACCCCGCGCUCGCGCACCUGCAGCCGCUCGGCUGGAUGCACACGCAGCCCAACGAGCUGCCGCAGCUCUCGCCGCAGGAUAUAACAACCCAUGCUAAAAUCAUGGCUGAGAAUCCAUCAUGGGAUGGAGAGAAGACAAUAAUUAUCACUUGCUCUUUUACGCCCGGUUCGUGUUCUCUCACUGCCUACAAACUCACGCCAAGCGGUUACGAGUGGGGAGCUAAGAAUACAGACAGAGGAAACAACCCUAAAGGGUAUCUACCCAGUCACUACGAAAGAGUACAGAUGUUGCUCUCCGACCGUUUCCUUGGCUACUUCAUGGUACCUUCCCAGGGUAGUUGGAAUUACAAUUUCAUGGGUGUUCGGCACGAUCCUAACAUGAAAUAUGGUGUACAAUUGGGCAACCCCCGGGAGUUUUAUCACGAAGUUCACCGGCCAGCACACUUCAUGAACUUUGCUGCUAUGGAAGACGCCACAGCUCCAACUCUCGCUGCUGACAGAGAGGACCUUUUUGCUUAG